UGCAGAGUCAUGAUUCUGGUGAACCCUCACAGCGGCCGCGGCCAGGCUCUCCAGCUCUUUACUGGCCACGUACAGGGCAUGCUCACUGAGGCCGCUGUUCCCUACACACUCGUCAUCACAGAGCACCAGAACCACGCACGGGAGCUUGUGAGGAAGGCGGACCUGUCGCAGUGGGACGCCCUGGUUAUCAUGUCGGGAGAUGGGCUGCUGUUUGAGGUGAUAAAUGGUCUGAUGGAGCGAGAAGACUGGCAAGAGGCCAUCCAGACCCCUCUGGGUAUUCUACCAGGGGGCUCAGGCAAUGCCCUGGCUGCCUCUGUCCACCACUACUCACAGUCCCCCCCAGCGUGGAACGAGGAGCUUUUAUUGAGCUGUGGCUUCAUGCUGUGCAAAGGUCUGGUUGGCUCCAUGGACCUGGUGUCGAUACACCUGGCCUCUCGGCAGCGCCUCUUCUCCUUCCUCUCCCUGGCCUGGGGCUUCGUGGCUGACGUGGACAUCGAGAGCGAGAAGUACCGCCACGUCGGAGCGAUCCGCUUCCUGAUGGGCACCCUGGUGCGUCUGGCUUCCCUCCGAGUCUACCAGGGCAGGUUAGCGUAUCUGCCUGUUACGGAGGCCCCAAAACCUCCCAAAGGGAGCAUCAAAACCAGAGCACCGGUGGACUCUCAGCUUCCUGGCCUGGACCAGCCGGUCCCAGAGAGCUGGACGGUGGUCAAGGAGGAGGGCUUUGUCUUGGUGCUGGCUAUUUACCAGUCCCACCUGGCUGAGGACCUGUGGACAGUCCCUAGUGCAAUGGCAGACGACGGGGUGAUUCACCUGAUCUACGUGACAGCAGGAAUCUCCCGUCCAGCCCUCCUGCGCCUUUUCCUCGCCAUGGAGAAGGGCGGCCACUUGGAAUGCGGCUGCCCCCAUCUGGUGUACGAGAAGGUGAAGGCCCUGCGGCUAGAGCCCAUCUCUCCACAAGGCAUGAUCACUGUGGAUGGGGAGAUUGUGGAGUACGGGCCUGUUCAGGCUCAAAUCCACCCAAGACUGGCCAGACUCAUUUGUGGAUGA